AUGUCGGAUCCAUGUCUUUAUAGAGGAGCUUUCAAAUCGGAAAGAACGAGGGAACAAAGCUGUAUUUUCGCCGUGUGUUUGGAGGCGGCCGUGGAUGGAAGAAGAUUCUCCCGAUCACGAAGCAAUUCAAGAUCCCCUAACAGGAGGGAUUCCGAAAGAGGGUCUCCUGCGUUGAGCAUUUCUGAGCUCGAGCGUCUCCUGUACACUGGAAAGACAGCUUGUAAUCAUGCCGAUGAGGUUUGGCCAAGACUCUACAUCGGAGACCAGGACAUUGCCUCGAACCGCCAAGAACUUACAAAACUUGGGAUCACGCACAUCCUUAACUGUGCACAGAGCAAAUGGCGGGGUGGUGCAGAGUACUAUGAGGGAAUGAAUAUCACCUACCAUGGCAUCGAGGCCCAUGACUCUCCCUCCUUCGACAUGAGUGUCAACUUCUACCCUGCUGCAGAAUUCAUUCACAAGGCUCUCACCAUGGGAGGAAAGGUGCUUGUGCACUGCGCAGUAGGGGUGAGUCGCUCAGCUACUCUGGUGUUGGCGUACCUUAUGAUUCGACAGAACAUGACCCUAGUAGAAGCCAUUAAGACAGUCAAGGAUCACAGAGGCGUCACCCCUAACCGAGGCUUCCUCCGGCAGCUCAGUGGCCUGGACAGCAUUCUACGCGCCAGUCGAAAGACAACCUGAAUCCACUGGUAAACUCUGGACUCCCACUUUAAACACAUUGCCUUGGCCAAUGUGUGUACAUGUACAGUAUUACCAUCACUCACACUGUUGUUCUGUGAUCAGUAGAAAUGCCUUACUACAUUAAGACCUCUUGAGGUGUGCAUACUGCCUUAUUCAGCGUUGACCCUGACAUUCUGCUCAAAUGACCAGAUCACUGACCAUCUUCAACCAGUUUGGAUUUCACUUUUCUUGAAGAGGGCUUGUAUAAGUAUUUACCCCAUUGAAGCACAGUGCAGUGUUACAAUCUUGAAUGAGACAAAUUAGGACUACUGUCAGAAUAUUAUGAGUAUAAUUUACAGAAAUUUUAAAAAACGUGAUUGCAGACAAGUAAGAUUGUAAGACUGUCGCCUUCACGAUCCAGGUUCAGUUCCCACCUCGGGUCUGUGUGCAUGGAGCUUGCAUGUUCUCCUUGUUUCCGACCAGACGUUAGGCGGAUUAGGUUAAUUGGUGUUCCCAGAUUGCCUGUGAUGUGUGGAAAACUGUGAUGGAUUGGCACCCCAUCCAGGGAUAGGCUCCAGGCCCCCCGGUCACAUGACCUCAGUUCCUGGAAGUUCCUAGAGAAGAAACAUCACAAAGACAGAGGAACAAUCAACAAAAGUUUAAUACAUCAUUUUGUAAAAACUUCAAUAAGGUUUCGGUAAUAUUAAUUAUAUGGCACAGCCAGGACUUUAAAGGAAAGAAUUAAUCUGAAAAGCAACAGAGUGGCCUAUAAAACGUUCAGGGAAGGUGAAUACUCAUACAAGCCACUGUAAGUCAAUUUCCAAAGCAAACAAGAAACAGUGAAUGAAUUGUUGGUGCAUAUCCAGCUAUUGUUCUAUGCUUUGAGUAGCUUUGCUUAGUAUUGGGGGGGGGGGGAAGCUUCUGAUUUUUGGCUGGUUAUCAGAGUGAGUCUGAUAUAACUGCAUUUAAAGAAAUGCAAUUACUACUAUAGAGACCCAGUACGUUCGAGUUGCUUCAAACAACAUAUCUGAUAAUAAGCUGCUUAUUCUAAGCUGCUUUUCUUAAUUAUGACCUCAUAUGUAAUGCCAUAAUAUUUACACCGGAAUUACGUUAGGCAGCUCUUCAUGUAGCAGUGAUUUGGCCCCUUUUCUAUGAGUUCAUGCAAUAUAACAGAUCUGCAGUAAAACCCAGCAUGUCAUUGAAGCAUCUCUUUCUACGUUCAUUUAUGAUAAUUCGCAUUCAUGUUUUAAACCAAAUCUACCAAAAAAGUGUAAAUUAUCAAUGAAUUUUACAAAACCAGUCAUUCUGUCCAGUUACAUUUGUCCUGCCUUAACAGAUGGUACUAUUAGGUAUUUAUUGUAAUAUUAAGUAUUAGACGAUUAUUAUUAGUAUUAUUAUUAGAUGGUGUUUGUACAUGAAAGUGUUAUUCUGUAAAUCACCUAAAGAAGAAAAAAAAGUCUUUAAUGUACGAUUUUAGUGUAUUGUUUGUAAGUUUGUAAUACAAAUUUUUAAAAUCGGGACCAGACAAACUUCAACACGUAGAACAAUACUGCACACCAAAUUGUGUCUUACGAAUAGUUUCUCUGCAUUCUUUAAGAUCUUAGAGAGAAACAGAUUUCAUAGAGUAGUGGUUAUACUCUGUGUGUAUGUGUCUACAUAUACAAACGUAGGUAUUUCUAAAUCCAUGAGUGAUAAAUACCUCAAUAGUGUCAGUAUUUAUAACAUGCUGCAUCGGUAACCACCAAGCCAUAACCGUGUGGUGUGAAUCUCCUGGGCGUGAUACCAAGAUGUUAGCUUUAGAAACGUGAUUAUACAGUAUUUUGAUUUCAAGUGUCUUGUGAAUGGUUCUGUAACAUUGUCCGUGACUUUUAUUGUAUUGUGACGCAGAAUCUACGACUUCAAAACCAACUUUGACGAUUUUUAUGAUUCAAGUGACAGGCUCUAGAUUAUAACCCGUACAGUAUCAUAAACUUCAGCCGUUCCGUUCAUGAAUAUCAUCGUACCGCAGCUAAGUACUGUUAUAAAUGAUUACGAAAUACCAGCAACAUCUGUCAGACCACACUGCCCAUGUUGUUAAUGAGGACACCCUCAGUGUAAAACCAUUCAUCUGAUUCAUCGAAAUUUGACUAUAACAGGAUUUAAUCAUCACAAAAUCAGAUGUAAUCAGUUUUUAAAAAUAUUGUACAUUUAUAGAGACGGAUAAAGUAGGAUGGUACAUGUAAAAAAAAAUGAUUUGUGCACUGCAUUUCCUCUUUUCUUUGCAUUUCAUAGUUGCAAUUGGUUAUGAUGUACAUAACCAAUAUUACAAUAUUGUGUACUAGUCUAAAAUUUCUGAUUUACUAAAAUGAUUACAUUGUAUUUCAUGUUUUGUGCUCAUUUUUCUGUAUCCUACCAUUAUAAUGGACCCUGGUUAUAUCUAUACUUGAA